UAUUGAUGCCAACCAUCACAAUUUUUUAUCACUCACAAAAUUUAUAACAACCCCUUUUGCCUUCUUCUUUUGUAUUUUCUCUCCUUGAAAAUCCACUUAAUUAAUUCUUUGAUAUAAAAAAUAUAUAUUCUCUCCUAUAUAUAAAUAUACUCUUAAUUAUUUCUAUAUAUCCUAUAUUAUUGGAAAAUUCAAAUCAUGAUGAUGAAGGGCAUAUCAAUUGUUCAUCAACUUAAGAUCAACACAGCUUAUUUUCUAGUGAUUUUCUUAGUGAUUACUACCACCUUUGGCUUGAGGCCUCACCAAUAUAUGUCAGUUACAGUUAGAUCAAGAAAUGAAGGAGGUGAAGUUGGCAUGAGAAACAAUGACCCCAACUUAUUCUCCAAGAAAAAAGAUGAAGUAGUAGGAUUGGGAAUGGAGAUGUACCCAACAGGGUCAAGCUUGCCUGAUUGUUCACAUGCUUGUGGGCCAUGCUUUCCAUGCAAAAGGGUUAUGGUGAGCUUCAAAUGCUCUGUGGAGUCUUGUCCCAUUGUCUACAGAUGUAUGUGCAAAGGCAAAUAUUACCAUGUCCCUUCCAAUUAACAAUAAUAAUUUUGUAUUACUUUUAAUUAAUUUAAUUAUUAGUACUCUAUUACCUCCUUCCCCUACUAUCUAAUCAUUUUAAUUAACCACUUAUUUCUUUCUUCUUCUUCUUUAGUAAUUUCUAUUUUAGGUAGGUUUUCGGAAAAAUGUUGUACAUGUUUUUAUCUAUCCCCAUUAAAUUGAAAUCUCUAUGUUGAGAAUUCAUAUUCUAAACUAUGUCCAUCUAAUAAAAUUGAGACAACUUAUUUAAGAAAAUGAUCAUAUGAUUUGUUAUUUUUAAAUAAUAAGUUAUCACAAUUCUAUUAGGUGGUCAUAAUUUUGACCUUGAAUCUUUUUUGGCUUGCUAAGUGUUAUUAAUGACAUUUAUUUUUGUUUCAAAUCAAAGAAGGAAAAACUUUCAUUUAUUGAAAGAUGUUGAGGGGUUUCUUUACUAUGGUUGUUUGUGGAGUUUUAGUGAAUUAGUGAUUAUUAAAUAUUUUAUGUAUUAUUUUAUACCUUUGCCCAUAUUACCAAAAAAAUAAAUGUAUAUUACAUCAAA